AUGUCAAAUAAAUCCCCAAAAAAAUCCUCGCAAACAUCUCAGCAUCAUCCUGAAACUAUAGGUCCUUGGCAGCUAUUGAAAACUAUUGGCAAAGGUAGUUCGGCUUGCAGAGUUAAGCUCGCGAAACAUAGAAAGUCUCACCAAUUAGCUGCAAUUAAAAUUGUUGCCAAAUCUUCUUUAGCACCAAAACAAAGUUCAAAUCAUGAUGAUCCUUGGAGAGCUUUACGAGCAAUUGAACGCGAAAUUGCUGUCAUGAAAAUUAUCGAUCAUCCAAAUAUUACAAGUUUAUAUGAUGUUUGGGAAACUACAGACUAUAUUUAUAUGAUCAUGGAAUAUGCCUCAGGUGGUGAACUGUUUUCUCACUUAGUUGAGAGAGCAAAAAAGAAUGCCGCAAGAGCUAAACCUGGUCAACCUCCACCUUCACGCGCCUUACCUCCAGAUGAAGCUCUCAGGCUUUUUCAACAAUUGAUGUAUGCUGUUAAUCACGUUCAUAAUCUUGCACUAUGUCAUCGCGAUCUCAAACCUGAAAAUAUUUUAUUAGCGAAAGAUCGUCAAACUAUCAAAUUAGCUGAUUUUGGUAUGGCUACUCUAGCGGGAGAAGAUAUCGUUAUAUCUAAACGUAAAACAAAGAAAGGCCGUAAAUUAUUAAAAACUAGUUGCGGUAGUCCUCAUUAUGCAAGUCCAGAGGUAGUUCAAGGUAAACCAUAUGUUGGUCAUAUGGCAGAUGUUUGGUCUUGCGGUGUCAUUCUUUUCGCUUUAUUAACUGGUAGAUUACCAUUUCAUGACGAGAAUUUACACGUACUUCUGAGCAAAGUAAAAUUAGGUAAAUUUGAGAUGCCGCAUGAGUUAGAUGGUCCAACACAUGCAAACGCUAGAGAUCUUUUAUUGAGGAUGUUAACUUCAGAUCCGUCGGAAAGAAUAACAAUGCCAGAAAUUUUGAAACAUCCUUAUUUCACCAGAUUACCACCACCUAUUCCAAUGUCAACAGACAGUAUACCCGCAGCUUUAUUACCCUCUACCUCAUCACAGAAGUCACGCAUGAGUUUUCAGUCUGAUCAAUUAUCUGAAUAUAAUGAAUCUUUACAACGAUUUUCCGAAGAAAUAACAGAUAUUGAUGAUGAAAUUUUUAGUAGUAUAAGGGUACUUUGUCAAAGUGAGAGUGAAGAAACCAUUCGUUCUCGUUUAACAACAAAAGGGUGA